AUGAAGUGGAUUAGGAAAUUUCCCUCAUUGAUACACGCUUGGUCCAGGUGGAAAGUAUUGUUUUUAAAAGCACUCCUAAUGCGAAAAUGCAGCAUUACAAUAUCUGUCUUAGAAAUAUUGAUCCCCAUAAUAUUUUCUCUGCAAAUUCGUCUCAUUUUUGAACCGCUGGCUCUCAAACUGCAAGCAAGUACAAUUAUUUUAUUAAUUAUAAUAACCAAGACUGAAAUUUUAACGAGAAUUCCACCACAAGCAGAAUGUCGUUACGCUCCUAGCACUCAGUUCACUGAUAAUCUAAUGCAACAAGUUUCUGUGCUUCUUAACUCAACGAUGAUACCGGCAGCCAAUGAGUUACAACUACUGAUGGCUUUUUAUCAGCGACAUAAUCAAUCUUCUGAGCCUUUUAAUACUAUUUGGGUUCUCUUUAUGGUAAGAUUGUUAUUUUUAAACAAAUUUUUAAAUUAUGAAAUUCGCAGUGAAUUAUCUGACGAGCCCAGCAGAACAGAUCCUUACCUGAGUAGUGGUUUUUUGGCCAUGCAGAUUGCCAUCGAAUCAACGUUCAAUAAAAUCAAGUCCACAAAUUCACCGUUCAUCGGCGACAAUUUGAUAGUGGGCCAGUUUCCGUAUUACCGCAUCGAGUUUCCAAUAAUACCCUCGGCAGUACGACCGAACAUAAGUCUUAUUUUUUAUAUGACUGUAAUUGGAUUUCUUCUUAUUCCCAUGUCGGCUUUGACCAAAGCGAUUCACGAUAAAUUCACAGGGUUCAAAGCUUUAAUGAGACUGCUAAAAAUAAACUCAGCCUUUCUCUAUCUCGGUUGGGUCGAUUACAUUAUGAUAACCGGAGUUCCCGCAGUAAUUUUCUGCACAUGGAUAUUGAGCGCUAUUUACUCCCAGUCAAAUUUCAUUCUUGCACUUUUUCUUCUCAUGUAUAUUAUCAUGUCGACGUUUUUUAUACUCGCUGUCGGGACUUUUUUCACCCAAUCUAUCAAAGCCGUACUCGCUUGUAUUCUUCUUUGGUUAACAUUGGCGCACAUUACAAUUGUUCUCGACGAAUCACUUAUCUACUCAGAGUUGUACAUUAAAAUAAUUUCACUGUUACUUCCUCACAGUGGCUUGCUUUACGGAUUGUCAGCAUUUACUUACAAAGAAGACAUCGAAGAAGAAAUUCAUACGAUAAAAUCACGUCUUCUAGAUAAUUUAUACGACAUGGAAAAGCUUGGUCAGGCUCCUAACAGAGUAUCUCUCACUGCGGUGUUGAUUGCUUGGACUUUUCAUUUGAUUUUAUGGGGUUUUAUUGCCAUAUACUUGGACAAUAUUUAUCCAGGUAAAUACGGUACCAAGUUGCCGUGGUAUUAUUUGUGUAAAAAGGACAAAAGUACCCCGGAUGAUGUUAAUUUUAAUGUUCGUGGAAGUACCAAUUGGUCGGCUGUUGAAAGACCGCCGCCAUUUAUUAAGCCAAAAGCAAGAGUUAAAAAAUUAACAAUUAAAUUUGGAUUUGACAAGUUACAAGUAUUGAAAGAUUUGUCCAUUGAUUUUUACCCAAAUGAAUUUAGUGUCAUAAUUGGACAUAAUGGUUCUGGAAAAAGUUGUUUGUUGAAAAUAAUUUCAGGAAUGUAUCAAGCGACUUACGGCUCAGUGUACAUAGAAGGUCGGGAUUACAGUGAUUUUAAAUCCCAGGAGAGAAAUUAUAAACCAAUUAUUGGUUAUUGCCCUCAAGAAAACAUGUUAGUAAAAUAUCUAAGCACUGAGGAGCAUUUAUACUUAUUCGGGAUGAUGAAAGGAAUGAGCCUGCGUGAGUCGAAAGAAGAAUCAAGGCGAAUGAUUAAACUGUUCAGCUUGAAGGCUGAGAGAAAACUCAAAGUAAAAGAGAUAAGUUUCGGGGCUAAAAGGCGACUCUGCUUGGCGAUUGCGCUAAUAGGCCACUCGGAAGUGCUAAUCUUGGACGAACCAACUUACGGAGUGGAUCCUCAGCAUCGGAAACGGCUCUGGGAAAUUCUGGGAACUUUCAAAGGCAGGAAGACGAUAAUUAUGGCGACCAACUCUAUGGAAGCCGCUGAUACACUCGCAGACAGGAUCGCGAUCAUCGCGAAUGGAAGAAUCGAGUGCUAUGGGUCGAAGGCUUAUUUGAACCGACGUUAUAACAUAGGGUAUGAUCUUAGUAUGGUCAUUAAGCCAGAGUGUGAUCUUCCGAGUCUUCAGAAGCUGAUCCAGGAACAUUCUCCUGAUCCUGUCAGUCUCAUGGGCAAAAUGGGGAUGAUGGUCAAUUUUAAUAUCUCGAGAAACACGAGGUUCGCCCAUUUGUUGAGCUUUUUGGAAAGCAAUAAAGAUGAUUUGAGGAUCAAUGCGGUUUCACUUCAAGCAGCGAGUAUUGAAGGACAAUUUCGCAGAAUUGGGCUUAUAAGUCACUUCAGAGAACGCGGAGCUUGGAUCCCCAGUGACAAAUUUGAAUGGAUAGUCCAGCGAAGACGGAGAAAAUUAAUUCAAAAUCAAAAUGAUUGGACCCGAGUUACCAAAGGUGCCCUACGUCGCCAGCAAUUCACUGCAAUGCUCUAUAAAAAAACACUGCAUAAAUUUAUUCCUCUGGUUUUUGUAGACGACGAUGAAGAUGCUCGAAAUUUCUUCACAAUCUUUGACCAAACGUGUCAGAAGUUCAAUAUGAGCCCCCUUCAUAUUACGCAAAAUAUGACAGCGUCGGACUUGAUAACUCAUCCGGAAAUGCAUUCAAUAAGCUUUCGAGAGCGGUAUUUCAUGGCAAUUGAUAUUCUAAAAGAUAAUAAAAUAGAAUUACUGUACUCACCUGUCCUCAUACACAGUGGACCAAUAUCACUGAAUUUGUUGCACAACGCACUCUUAUUGCACAAUUCCCAGUCGAUGGAUAUUCGAAUAAAUUUAAUGAGUCGACCUCUGAUGGACCCUGAUAAUUGGCAAUACCGAAUAGCCCAUGGAAAAGGCAUAAAAAACUGGGAAAACGCCGUGGUCAUCACAACCCUCUUCAUUCUUCUACCGACUAUUGACCUGGGUGUCAGAGAGUCCAGAACAAUUGCCAAGUUGCUGCAAUUAAAUACCAAUCGAGUCACUGAAUUAUUUAUCAUCUUUUGGUGCUACGGAGCAGCAGCCAUUGCAAUGAGUUACUGCAUUCAAUUAUGGACAAAUCAUACUGGAAGAGUUUAUUUUUAUAUUAUGAUUAUCAACUUAUUAACUGCAAUCGUAAUCAAUCCAGAAAUACUAUUUCCGUUUAUAAUGUACAACAUGAAUCCAAAUUUUCAAAAAUACGCCGAAAUAGUCUUCCACAUAUUUCCACCUUAUGUUUUUUCCUGUGCAAUAGGUAAUUUUAUCGCCAUUAAAUUGUACAAUAAACAAUGCUCUGAGCACAAUGAUUGUGACAAUAAAUUCGCUUUGGAAGAUCCUUGUUGCUACAACUGCGGACAUAAUUUAUGCUUCAAUCCAUUAAACGAAUGGCUAGACUCGCAAACAGAUGGCUCCUUUCGUCACUCGGUAAUAAAUGACGUUAUUCUUUUGAUUUCACAGGCGGUUUGCUUCCAUUUGAUACUCAUCAUUUUCGAGCCAACCAGCCGAAGAAGAUGGUACGCUAAUAAACGUCCUAAAGAAACAGUUGGUCCAAACGAAGAAGAUCUUGUUAAAGAACAAGAAAUAAUUGAUAAAUUAGUUGAUCAAUAUGAAAAAAGUCAAUUUGUUCCUAAAAGAAAUGCUGUGAUUGUCAAAGGCCUAUCAGCUAAAUAUAAGAAGAAAGAAAUUCUUCGCAAUGUCAAUUUUCAAAUCAAUAGACGGGAAUGUUUUGGAUUGUUGGGGAUGAAUGGAGCUGGAAAAACAACAAUUUUUCGGGCACUUGUUGGAGAAUCACGAGCUAAUAUUGAAAAAGCAUUAAUUUGUGGUAUCGAUUCUUCCCUAAAUGAUGAUAAAUUUUAUGGAAUGAUUGGAUACUGUCCUCAAAAAGGCGGGCUAAUUGAUUUUCUCACUGGAAGACAAAGUUUAUUUUUCUUCGCAGCUUUAAGAGGAGUCCCUUGGAAGAAUAUUCGCGAUGAAGUUGAUAAAUGGCUUGAUAUUUUUGACAUGUUGGAAUUUGAAAACAUUCCUCUGAAAAAUUGCGCGUGGGGUGUGAGAAGAAAAAUGUGCGUGUUACAAAGUCUUAUUGGGGACUUACCGAUUAUUUUCCUGGACGAACCUUCUUCUGGUAUGGACAUAAUUGGACGUAGUGCGCUUGAUGAGACUCUGUAUCAACUUCGUGAAAUGGGUAAAUGUAUCUUCUUGACGACACACAGUAUUGAAGAAGCAGAAGCUCUUUGCGACCGGGUGGGAAUUUUAGCAGACGGUUAUUUGGCCACUGUGGGAUCUUGCGAACGUCUUGUUGAAAAACAGGGAAAUAAAUUUAUUUUGAAGGUUAUUUUAGACCCACAAACGUCGUUGUAUACUGUUGACGUCAUCUUGAAGUCUAUCGAAGAAGCGCUUCCAUCUUCUGUAUUUUUGGGCCGCCAUCUUGAUGUAUUGUCAUAUGAAUUCGAAAAAACAGACGACCUUGAGAGUGUAUACAGUAUCCUGAAUGCCGUGAAAUUAAAACACUCUGAAAUAACAAAUUAUUUUAUAAACCAGCAAAGUCUUGAGCAAGUUUAUCAUCAACUCAGUAGAAAAAUUUAUCAUCAAGAGGAUGACUCUGAACCAAUGUCUCCUGUUCAGAGACUCAUGGAAGCAAUUCGUAUUUUUGAACGUCGUAGCACUGACAUGACUUUUUAG